GAGGCAGGGCGACUCCACGCAGCAGGCGCCGCUCCACUUGGCCGCGUCCCACAGCCAGCUGCAGUGCGUGCUCUGCCUGCUGCGGCACGGGGCGGACCCGUCGGCUGUGGACUCCUGGCAGGAGAACCCGCUCCACGUGGCUUGCCGUGGGGGCGACCCGCAGAUCGUCAAGGCCCUGCUGCCGCGCUCCAUCGGCUCGAUGCGGCCCCUGGUUCGGCGGCAUCGGGAUCUGCUGCAGCACAGGAACUGCCAGGGCCUGACGCCGCUGCAGGUCCUCAACGAGAGGGCGCCCUCGUCUCUGAGGGAGUUGCUGCUCGAUGAGGAGAAGAAUACCUCGACGGGCGGCAAGCGGCAGAGCCGGCUGGUGCAGAACUGUGGGAAGAAGGAUCUGGAGGCCCUCUUCGGGCCGAUGAUGGGUGGCGAGCACUACGGCCUCCGGCGGCCCUCCAGCGAGCCGCGGCUGGCGAGGGCGGGCAGCUCCAGUGGGCAGCCGGACGCGAGAGCCAGCGGCAGCGGGCUCACGUCGUUCAUGUUCUCCAGGGGCGUCGGCGAGCAGCUCGCGCAGGUGCUCCUGCACAUGCACGAGCCCGCCGACCAGCUGAACCUGUCCUCCCUGAAGGCCACCGGCACGCUCGGCUGCGGAGGUUUCGGGAAGGUCAUCAAGGUCACGGACGUGCGCACUGGAGGCUUCUACGCGAUGAAGCUGCAGAGGAAAGACCAGACCACCAAGUUCGCGAUGCGAGAAGCCAAGGCUUUGCACAGGUCAAACCAUGCAUUCAUCGUCCGCCUCAUCCGGGUCUUCCAGACGAGGACCUUCUACGGGAUCCUGAUGGAGUGCUGCGAGACGGACUUGAACGUCAAGAUCCUGGGGCACACCACCGGCGGCGGCCGAGCCGAGGGCCUGCCGAAGAGCCAGGUGGCCAGGUACUCGGCCUGCGUGCUGCUCGCCCUCGAGUACCUGCACCAGGCGGGGGGGCGCGGCCCCGAUAUCCUGGCGGCGCUGCACCUUUUUUUUUCGAUUCUG